GAAGAACGUGAAAGAUAUACUUUGUAGAGGACACCCAUGCAGUACUCGCUUCCAGUCUCUCUCUCUCUCUCUCUGUCGCCUUAACCUAACGGACUGUUUCUCUGUCUCUCGGAGCAGACCUCCACACCUGAUAUGGACAACGUUGAGGUGUUUGACUCACCUGGAAAGGGGAGGGGCCUUAGAGCCACUAAGGAGCUGCUUUCCGGAGACGUUCUUUUCUCAGAACCCCCUUUUGCUGCAGUUGUCUUUGACAGGUAAGAAGAUGCUGCAGUAUGGAUGGGGUUUGGCUUGGCACAUGAGACAUGACUAACACCUAAUGCAUGGGCGACCACACAUGAGGGACCAUCAGUAAAUUACACAAUGUACAUGGGACAAUAUUUAAAAAUGUCAAUAGCUCCAAAUUUCAAUGACUUAUGAACCUCAAACCAACUAUAAAUUGUAGAAAGUCAUGUACACAUAUUAAAAGCAUUAAAUGAGACAGCUAAAAGAUCUGCAACAUGUAAAUAUAAACAUACAUUAUUGAUGGUCCCUAACUAGCCCCAGAGAUCAAACCAACUUUGCUACCAGCCGGCUGAAGCUAAUUGGCGAAAUAAGUUUGCUUUCUUAUUAGCUAGUAUAGGUGACUUCAAGACACAGCUAGACUGUUUUAAGUUAUCUAGAAGGGUGAGUGACUAAGUUUGUACUGUUUUGGCAGAGUGAAUGUACAAAUGCUUGCCACGUGCGAACACACACACAAUAGACGACCACAACUCUCAUUUGGCUUCAGUCAUGGCCGCUGCAUUUCUUAAUACAGCACUGUACUAUACUACUGUACUGUUCUAUACUGUACUAUGAUGUAGUUCUCUCUGUCAUCUGCACAUGAUUAGACAUGACAGUUGCAUGACAGCCAUAUGAACUGGACUGUUGUCACACCACAUGUUUUCAGGGCAGUGGGACAGGCCUGGAAAGCUUAGGGCACAAGAAGCAAAAUAAAUUAUUAUUGUGGUGGAGCUUCCUCUGUGUAAUUAUAGUAUGGUGUCAGCUGAGCUGUAGCUAGAAUAGUUUUUUACUUGUUUAUCUGGAGAGGCACAAGAAACUUCUGAAGAUAUUAAAGGUACAAACCAGUUUGUGAACAACAAGAUCAGAGCGCUAUGACCUCGGCAGGGGACAGAGAUAUAGGGUCAAAGGUCAUCACAUGAGGUAAUGUUGGGAUGUAUUUUACUGCCCUUCUUCCCCUGCUGUUGAUCAUGUAACUAGACUCAAUGUCAUGUAAGUAACUAAGCAUCGGACAAGUAAACCUUGUCGGAGCCAGAAGGCCCAAAUAUCCUCUUUCUGGUGGGAGGAGCAAUAGGAGCACGGGCUCAUUGUAAUGGCUGGAAUGGAAUUAAUGGAACGGAGUCAAACGUGGCUUCCAUAUGUUUGAUGUGUUUGAUACCGUUCCAUUAAUUCCAUUCCAGCCAUUACAAUGAGCCUCUCCUCCUAUAGCUUCUCCCAACAGCCUCUGUACAGGACCACAAGGCCACUGAGUUGGUUAAACCUCAUGUGGCCUACAGUAGGCCUAUGGGAACUCUAAACCUCAUGUGGCCUACAGUAGGCCUAUGGGAACUCUAUUCAACACACCGAUACAAACAUACCAAAUGUGCAACCAAUGACUGAAUAGUCCACAGAAUAAACACAUUAAAAUGGAAAAACAAUACAUUUUUGUUCUGAGGGUACAUACAGUACAUAAAUAUAGUCUAGUUAGGCCUAUUUAUUACAGUACAUAACCACAGUCUAGUUAGGCCUAUAUAUUACAGUACAUAACUAUAGUCUAGUUAGGCCUAUUUAUUACAGUACAUAACUAUAGUCUAGUUAGGCCUAUGUAUUACAGUACAUAACCACAGUCUAGUUAGGCCUAUUUAUUACAGUACAUAACCACAGUCUAGUUAGGCCUAUUUAUUACAGUACAUAACCACAGUCUAGUUAGGCCUAUAUAUUACAGUACAUAACUAUAGUCUAGUUAGGCCUAUUUAUUACAGUACAUAACUAUAGUCUAGUUAGGCCUAUGUAUUACAGUACAUAACCACAGUCUAGUUAGGCCUAUUUAUUACAGUACAUAACAUAGUCUAGUUAGGCCUAUUUAUUACAGUACAUAACCACAGUCUAUUUAUGCCUAUUUAUUACAGUACAUAACUAUAGUCUAGUUAGGCCUAUUUAUUACAGUACAUAACCACAGUCUAGUUAGGCCUAUUUAUUACAGUACAUAACCACAGUCUAGUUAGGCCUAUUUAUUAGAGUACAUAACCAUAGUCUAGUUAGGCCUAUUUAUUACAGUACAUAACCAUAGUCUAGUUAGGCCUAUUUAUUACAGUAAAUAACCAUAUGGGUGGUCCUCUGUAGCUCAGCUGGUAGAGCACGGCGCUUGUAACGCCAAGGUAGUGGGUUCGAUCCCCAGGACCACCCAUACACAAAAAAAAAAUGUAUGCACGCAUGACUGUAAGUCGCUUUGGAUAAAAGCGUCUGCUAAAUGGCAUAUUAUUUAUUUAUUAUUUAUAGUCUAGUUAGGCCUAUUAUUACAGUACAUAACCACAGUCUAGUUAGGCCUAUUAUUACAGUACAUAACAUUAGUCUAGUUAGGCCUAUAUAUUACAGUACAUAACCACAGUCUAGUUAGGCCUAUUUAUUACAGUACAUAAUGACAACUUCACUCUGACCUAACCCAAACCCACAUUCCCCAACACACUCAGUCAGAUCUUAAAAUAGCCUGAUAUGUAGUCCACUGUGGAAAACAUGGCCAAUUAGUUCCAUUGUAACCCUGAGGGUACAUGCAGGUCAAAACAAUUGUAAUUAUGUCAACAUUCUUAGGUAACACUGGUAAGACAUGGUAUAGUAUGACAUGACUCUCUUCACAGUGACCCUGUCUCCAAUUGCAAUUUUAAAACUCCAUUUUAUAUGGUAGAAGCCCCUAUGAUGUCAUGAUGCACCGUGAUCACUGAGUUAUUGAAAUACUCUAUGGCACAUAUUUCUCUCUUUUCUCUGUUUUGUCUUGACCCCCCCCCCCCCCCCUCUCAUAGGUGGAGGGUGAAGUUUGGCUUACAGUGACAACAUGCAAAGAGUCUCUAUCCUCAAUGUGUCCCUCUCCUCCUUUCACAUCCUUCAUACCCCCUCACUCUCUCGUCUUUCUCUCUCUCUUCUCUCUCCCUCUAUCUCUCUCUCUCUCUCUCUCUUCUCUCUCUCUUGUCUCUCUCUCUCCAGUCUUGCAGACAAGAUCUGCCACAGCUGUUUCCGCAGACAGGACAAGCUGCAACGCUGUGGCCAGUGUAAGUUCGCCCAGUACUGUGACAAGACAUGCCAGAGCACCGGCUGGAAGGAACACAAGCUGGAGUGUGGAGCCAUCAAGGCUUUCGGGGCCAUCGGGGACAACUUCGGAAAGGCACCAAAUGAGAACAUCCGGUGAGGAGGGAUUGUGUGUGUGGGUGGCACUAGUGGACAGUGGCAGUGGGUGAGGUGAGGGGGAACAGAGGGAUGAGGGAAUUGUGGAGGAUGUGUGGGAGAUAAGCGGAGAGAGAGAGCGAGAGAGAGAGGGGUACAGUGUUGAAUAGUUUACUGUCAAUUGAGUCAUUAUUAUGUUAUGGAUGAGCAUUAAGGGUUGACCUUACAACUCAUGUUCCGUGUCCCUGCCUGUCAGUCUGGCCGCCCGCAUCAUGUGGCGCCUCGAUAAAGAGGGCAGUGUCAUGUCGGACAUGCAGAUGACCUCAUUGGACGAUCUGGAGAACCACAUCAGUGACAUGCCUGAGGAUGAUCUAAAGGAGCUGAAGGUGGACAUCCACAACUUCCUGGACUACUGGCCACGCAACAGCAAGCAGCACCGUGUAGACGACAUCUCACACAUCUUUGGAGUGGUGGGUUCUUCCCUCUUCUCUCCAUUUCUACCUGUUUCUCUUUCUCUCUUCCUAUUCUUCUUAUUCUAUCACUUUCCUUUUUUCAUCAGUCCAUCUGUUCCUCUCCAUCCCUCUGUAGAUCAACUGUAAUGGCUUCACAGUGAGUGACCAGAGAGGUCUAAAUGCCGUGGGAGUGGGUCUGUUCCCUAACCUGUGUCUGGUCAACCAUGACUGCUGGCCCAACUGCACUGUCAUCCUCAACCACGGCAAGUAUGUACUGUAAUUCAUUAACAAUAGGUAAACCAUGAGCAUUGAGGUUGACUGAGUUGUAAACUGUGUAUGUGUGUGUGUUUUUGUGCACAUUAUGUGUAUUUGUUUGUGUGUGUGUUUGUGUGUGUGUUUGGUGUAAACUGCUUCUUGCUUUGUCUUUCAGUCAGUCGGCUGUGAAUACUGUGUAUCACUCUCAGAUGAGGUGGGUCUUUCUGGUACAAUAGUAUAACCCAGCAACUUCCUAAAUAUCAUCAAUUAAAAUCUCACCAUCAUAAAUCCUCAUCAAUAAAAACCUCACCACCCAUCCCUCCUAUGAUGCAUCACUAUCAGAGAUAGUCUCUGCACUCCCCCUUUCCACCACUCCAGUCCUGCAAGUCACAAGCACCACCUGUUUGCAAGCCAAGCUCUGCAAGCAUAAGGAAUGUCUACCUGUGUUCACGUCUUCCUUCACCGUUUGUGCUGUUGGCUCGUCUCAGCACAGUUUGUCUGGGUUUCCCUCUGUCUCCCUCUGUCUCCCUCUCCCUCCUUGUCUGUCUUGUACAGAGUGCCGUGUGAAUGAUAGUAGAUAAGUAGAUAGUAGCAAAGUCUAUGCUGGUAUUAGGAAAUAUUGAUGAAAGCAUGUGUAAAAAUGUACCCAAUGUUGCCUAAGACCCCCCAGGUGAUCUGUGCAUUGUCACAUGUAAUUGAUCUACAACUGUAGCUACGGGUUCAUCUCAGAAUGCCACUUUAGACUAUUGAGAUGCACCCUACCCUUUGCCUCCGGAGCACCCCCAAAAACCCCCUCUCUGCCCCUCUCCUCACCCCAGGAUUGAGCUGCGUGCCCUGGGUAAGAUCGAGCCAGGUGAGGAGGUGACAGUGUCCUACGUGGACUUCCUGAACGUGACUGAGGAC